AGGAAUCCCGCGAUGGAUCCAAGUAGUUUCUGGUCCAUGAUGUGGGCGAUGAUGAUGAGCCCAGCCAUGAUGGGCUUCUAAAUGGCGAUCCCCACUCAACAUCCGGCGAUGGUCCUGCACAGGCCCAGCGAGAGGAGCCACGAGUCAUGACAGAAAACACGGAGUUUUUCGCAUCGAGACUAAGAGAAAUGAUGACGGACCCGCGCGUCACCGCAAACCUGCAAGGCAAAUGGACCAACCAGGAUGCGGGACAACCUCACCAGCCAGACAACCGCGAGAAAGCACAGGAGGCACCAACGCCCGAGAACCUGGUUGCAUGCAAAGAAGACAAGGCGGAGGAGCCAAGACCAUGCGACCCCCUGAAGGAAGGACAAGAUGAGAGUGAAUUGCAUGUAUCCGUUUUCAGCCGGAUGCGCAUGCCUGCGAAGGAAAAGUUACACAACCGGAUGAACACCAUCGCCAGGGAACGACAAGCGGGUUGGAUAAUAAGGAUCCGAUAUCUGAGAAAUCCGAUUCAGAUCUGUAUGGAGAUCGGCGGCGAGGAAGGAUCUUCUCUGGCCGGAAAUUUGAUCGGUUGCCGGAAAUUUGUUCUGGCCAGUUGGGUUGGGGGCAGUCAUUUGGGCAGGAUAGGAAUGGGUCCCCGGGGAAGUGGGGAUGGUGUGGAGAUCUCUGGACUGAGUCAUAAGAUAUCUCGGCUAAACCACAUUAAAUGGAUGGCAUCAUCAUCAUCAUCAUCAUCAUCAUCAUCAUCAUCAUCAUCAUCAUCAUCAUCAUCAUCAUCAUCAUCAUCUGGCACUUCAUGCAUUUGGACUCCCCGCCAAAACAAGGUGUUUGAGAGGGCUCUGGCUCAGUACGACAAGGACACGCCUGAGCGGUGGCAAAAUGUGGCAAUGGCCGUCGGUGGCGGCAAGUCCGCCGCGGAGGUGAAGAGGCACUAUGAUAUCCUACUCCAGGAUCUCCGCCGCAUCGAAUCCGGUCAUUUUCCCUUUCCGGCUUACACCGGCCACUUGCACCUGCACUAUCAAUUAUAACUGUUGGCAGUAAUAAUGCAGAGUAAUAAUA